AUGACUGAAAACAUUUUAGAGGCAAAUAGUUCUAAAUAUGAUUUCUGCAGCCACCCCGACUGCUCGAUGAAAAAUCAACAUACUAUGUGUGUCGCAGCUGGAAAACAGAGUCCAAGGCUCUACGCAUCAGGAAUGACCGGUUGGAUGAGGUAUCAGAUAUUACUGCUGCACAACAAACAUAGAGAUAACAUAGCCAUGGGUUUAGAUCCUGGUCAACCAUCAGCGUCCAAUAUGAGGAAAAUGUAUUGGGAUUACGAGCUCGAAAAGAUGGCGGAGGUCUGGGCUCGGCAGUGCCAAAAACGUCACGAUGAGUGCAGGAAUACUAUAAGGUUUAAUGUGCUCCAGAAUAUGGAUGUGCGACCUGUUCUGCCGAGGGUUACCGAAGCCCAGUUACUGGAUGACGCUGUGGGUUCCUGGUUUUCAGGGUCGAGGGUGCUUCCACCGGAGUACGUGUGGUCUUUCAGGAGGAGUAACUGCAGCGCAUCAGGUGGAUGUAACGCGCACUGGUAUACGACAGCCGCUUGGGGUUCCACUUGGCGUUUGGGAUGUUCUCAAGCGCUUUGUACUGCUAGAAGACGGUCUUGCGCCACCUAUCGGAAGAAGAGGAGGUCUCAAGUGGAAAUUGAUAAUUCGACUGAGGCGGACGUAGACGUGACAAGGACUUCGACAAAGGAGAAUAUAUUGAGGCGAACGAAGUAUAUGACGACUGAAGAGGUGUCACGAUUGGUAGAUUUUGAAAUGAAGAGUACCCCCGUGAUGGUUGAGUCUCCGUUACACCGUGGUAUGUUGGAGAAUGCAAGAAAAAAGAACGUGAGGAAGGAGUUGAAAAUAAUAGCGUAUACUUUUUGCAAUUACGGGCCGGCUGGGAACGUGGAGGGCUUUCCUAUAUACGAGGCUGGUCAGACCUGCAAGAACUGCCCACAGGGAACAAAAUGCACGGAUCGGACGCAUAGGGCUCUGUGCUCGGUGGAGGGUGAUCCUGAUGCUAGGAAAUGA